AUGACUGUGGCAGCGCUGCUCGUUCUCCUGACCUUGGUUACGGCCGUGCAUUGCAGGAGGUUCAAUCCACUGCAUCAUUCCGGCGCCGCGUCACCAUUUUUUGACGCGCCCGCUCAGUUUGGUGUCUCUCCGUCCACACCCUCCCAGUGCGCUGUAGACCAAGUUGCAUAUAUUGUUCGGCAUGGCUCUCGUUACCCUGAGCCGGGGUCUUUUGCAGGUUGGCAAGCCCUGUUCUCAAAGCUCCAAAAUGCGACCUACACAGCCCGUGGUCCACUAGCCUUCCUCCCUUCUUGGGUCCCGCCUGUCGAUGAUAUACCCCACGAGCCUUUUUUCUUGUCUUCUACAGGUGCUCAGGAAGCCUUUCAAUUGGGUGUCGAGCUGAGGAAGCUCUACCGAUUCACUAAGGGUGGAGACAACUUCACCGUGUGGUUCCAGCGCGUUGUCGACACAGCGACGUACUUCACGCUGGGCUACCUGUCUCAGGGUAAUUACUUGUCAGCCCAGAAUGAAAAUCGGGGCCAUGUUGUGACGAUGCCCGACUCCGUCAACUUUACCUUCGCGGACUCCCUAACGCCGUCGGCAGCUUGCCCUGCUUAUAGUAGCGGAGACACCUCGGUCAAGGCGACGGUAUUCCGUAGAACAAACCAAGGGAACAUCGCAAAGCGCCUGAACCAAUUUCUCGACGGAUUGACCUUGAACGCAACUGAUAUCGGUGUCAUGCAAGAUCUGUGCGGUUUUCAGGCCGAGGUCAGUGGCGACACUCGCUUCUGUGACAUUUUUCAAGACUCGGAAUGGCUGGACUAUGAGUAUGCUCAUGAUCUCAAUUACUAUUACGGGUCAGGUCCAGGCAACCCAUUCUCUACCACGGUCGGAUAUCCCUGGUUGAAAGCCAUUGCCGACCUCUUUUCAUCUGGGCCAAACACCACCUCUCUUGGAGGCAACUUCGUACCACCGCCGCUUAUCAUGGGCUUCACGCACGACAACAAUCUGCCGCCCAUCGUGUCCGCGCUCGGAGUUUGGAACACGUCCUCGUUCCCCGGCGUAUACCCGUUGUCAACGAGUCAUGCUGAUCCUCGCAGGAACUUCCGCUCAUCCUUCCUCGUAUCCUUCCGCGGCUAUGUCGCUCUCGAGCGUCUGUCCUGCUCACAUGAAGUCUCGCGUCGGGGUGCCAUUUGCCUUGCACAGAUAAACAAUGCGGUCGUCCCCCUCCCCGGAUGCGCGGGAGGCCCCGGAUCAUCCUGUUCUCUUGCCUCCUUCCAAAAUUACGUUGCGAGCCGGGCUGCAGUUGCUGGGGACUUUGUGCAACGCUGCGGCCUUCAAGACGUACAAAACGCGACGGGCAUUCUGAACGUCUUCACCAAUGUUCCCUCGAUAAUCGGGCAAUCGUCUAUUUUGACUGUACCCCUUCCCUAUGCGAAUGCGCCGUAG